AUGCCGGACCCCGUCGAGUCGCUGCGCAACCCGCGCGAAACGCGCGAGCACUUUGUAAUGUACCUGAAGAAGGAGGUGUGCACGCUGAACUUCUACCGCGCGCACAUGCUGUACUUUGUUGUUGUGAUUGCGGUAGCCUCGGUGGUGGUGUAUGGCGAGGGGAUCAGGAAUGGGCCGCGGGAGGUGGGCGGUGCGCGGUUGAGCUAUGUGGAUGCGCUGUUUUUGACGGGCAGCGCUAUGACUACUACCGGACUCAAUCCAGUAGAUCUGGGCGAUCUGUCAGGGUUCCAACAAGCCCUUCUAUGCAUCCUGCUCAUCCUCGGCAACAUCCCUUUCGUCUCCAUGGUCGUGGUGUUGAUCCGACAAAAUAUGUUCCGCAAGCGCAUGUCCGAGGUGGUCAAGCACUCGCGUACCAUGCAGCGCCUGGUGCAGGAUAUCGAGGAGAAUCGCCAGACAGAGAGUGGCAGCAGCAGCAGCGAGAGCCUGCGGCAGCGGCGCAAUGUCGAGCGGAGGAAGAGCAGGGCUGAUGGCGGUAGGCUGCCGGUCAAGAUUCAGCCGCUGAGCAAGAGACGGACGUUCCAUCAUCAGACUGGAUUUGGCUUUGUGCCGACGCCGUGGGAAACGAAACUGGCGAGGAAUUUCUUCAGCCGUGUCUUCGACAGCGUGACGAGCGAGCUGAGGCCCGAGCAGCACGACUAUGUAUCUUUCAAGCCGCGUCUAGAUUCGAGAGGACGCUUCCUCGAGCUCAGCGAGCACGACCGGCUUGAGCUAGGUGGCGUGGAGUACCGCGCCCUGCAGGCGCUGCUGUUCAUUCUGAUCGGCUAUCAGUUGUUCUGGUACACGUUUGGGGUGGUCUUCCUGAUGCCGUACGCAUAUCGCACCAAGACACGAGACAUUCUGCACGAAGCCCAACCAGGAGGACUGAAUCCUGGCUGGUGGACUUUUUUCUCGACGGUCACUGAGUUCGCCAACGGGGGAUUGACUGUGCUCAAUGCCAACUUCGUCCCAUUUAGCGGCAUGCCGUAUAUUCUCAUCAUCGCGGGCGCACUUGCAUUGGUCGGGCAGACGCAGUUUCCAAUCUUUCUGCGAUUGACCAUCUGGGUGAUGAAGAGUUGCGUCCCGAAGAGAUCACGACUACGGGACAUUUUGCAAUUUCUGCUCCAGCAUCCCAGACGAUGUUUUAUCUAUCUGUUUCCGGGCAGGCAGACAUGGUACUUGCUGGCUAUCCAGAUUACCAUUGAUGUUACAGCAUGGCUUUGCUUCGAGAUCCUCAACAUUGGAAUGCCGGACGUCGACGCUCGUCCAACUGGUACGAGGGUCCUCGAUGGUCUGUUCCAGGCCACAGGUCUCCGCACGUCUGGAGCGUACAUUAUCACCUUCAGCUCCCUCGCACCAGCAUGUCUGGUAGCCUACCUUAUCAUCAUGUACAUCUCCAGCUAUCCACUGGUGAUGACGCUGCGCAAGACCAACAUGUACGAAGAGCGUUCGAUCGGCUUGGCAGAAGGCGACGACAGCGCAGCCGGCAUUGCAUCACAUCUGCAAAAACAGCUCGCCUAUGACAUCUGGUUCCAGUUCUUCGCUUUCUUCCUUGUCUGCAUCAUUGAGCGAGGUCACAUUCUCCGAGCGGAUCCAGGUUUCGACAUCUUCUCUAUAUUGUUCGAAGUCACGUCAGCAUAUGGUACAGUUGGUCUGUCGACAGGCGUUCCUGGGAAGAACUACAGCCUCAGCGGGUCCUUUGCGAGUUUGAGCAAAGUCGUCAUGUUAUUUGUCAUGGUACGAGGCCGACACCGUGGACUACCACUCGCGAUCGACAGGAGCAUACUCUUGCCUGGAGAAGAGCUCAUGCAGCGUCUGGACACCGAGUAUGGCGAACAAGGAGAUGCAUCUGCCGAUGACCUACAAGAGCUCGUCAGAGAUAUUGAGCAAAGUGGCACGCAGGCUGGGGAUUCGAAGUCUGCUGCAGCACAGCAGGAUCCAGAGGAAAGGCCAUCUUCUCGGUGA